CGUUAAGCUGCACUUCGUUGAAUACGUAAUAAAAUAAUGGCACAUCUUCUGAAAAAUUUAACGAACAGCAUUUGGCAUGCAUUUCACGCACUACAGCACGAUGUGCCUGGAAUUGUGGCGAAGUCCAAACUCAAGGUUUUGACAGCCAAUAUCGGAACACUGAUGGAUUUAUAUGGAGUGGAAAAAGGAUUAGAGCAUUACAGAAGUACACAAACUUUGACCUUUGAGCAUUACAUAUAUUACUUGCAAAAAGAAGUUUUUUCAUCAUUAACUGAUACGAUUCCGAUCAACACUUGUAGAUCGAUAGAAAAGGGUAUAGAUGAGAUUUGCUGGCUAGUCUGUCGCAAGUUUUAUAUCGACAGAUCGAACCCUGUGUUCAAAGAUAAUAGCGUUUAUCAGCUUUUUCGAAUAUUCUGUCUACUCGCCGAAAUCGAAACAGAUGGGGCGGAUGUAUCUUUUCUGGUGACUAUGCACAGCGACGAAGUAGCUCAAGUUGCCUCACAAUUAGUGACAUCACUUGGUCUUUGCUGGGAUGCAGUGGAUUUUUCUGCUCUGUCAGCAGCUAUUGGGAAUUUCCGGUUCCCAACAUUUUUAGCAGUUUUAGAAUCAAAGUAUAGCGGUGAAGGAUCUUUAGAUAUCGACGGUAUCACAGAAGCUAUCGACGAUCUGUAUCAAACUUAUGUCGAAGACGUUAUUAAAAAAGGCUAUUUAAUGAAAAAAGGAUAUCUUUUGCCAACUCUCAAGUACUUUUGGUUUGUUUUACGUCCUGACGAGUUAGCCUAUUACAAAGAUUCGCAGCAAAAAGAGCCAUCAGGUGUGAUAACUCUAGAUCCAAAUUGUUGGACAGAUGCUGUGAGCAAUGGUGGUAAACUAGACAGGAGAUUUAUUAUUAGCACCUCGGAACAUAGGUACAUCGAGCUUGUUGCUGAAGACCACAGAGGUAGACUGCAGUGGCUAUCGGCUCUUCAGAUUGCCAUUCAACACUCGUCCGAGAAACUUAGUUAUCAGAGGAGCUUAGCUAACCAAAGAAGAUCUAUGCGACAGGCAAGUAAACAGCAGAAAGAAGAAACGCGAUUAGAACUGCAAUUUGAACGCCAAGCUAGAAUAGCUGCGGAAAUUCAGGCUAGAAAAUUAGAAGCUAUUUCGAAAGAAGAAUGUGCCAGAGUUCAAGAGCUUGAAGAUAUAAAACAGAAGUUGGAAAUACUUUUACACGAAGAAAAGCAGGCUCUAAGAGAUGAGGAGAUAGUGCGAAAUCUUCAAGCCCGAGUUUUGAGAGAAGAAUGGGAAAGGCGAGAAGAAUUGGAGCGGUUGCAACAAGAGCAACAACAAUUAUUAGAGAUGGAAAAGUUAAAGCGAAUGGAAUUUGAAAUGAAACAACAUGAAAAUGAAAAGCAACUGCAAGAGGCCGAAUUACGAUUGGAACAAUUAGAAGCCGAAAAACAAAGUCUCGAUACAGAAUUGCAAGCAGCUAGAGAGAAGGCCAAACGAGCAGAAGAUGCACAAAUUAAUUUGGAAUCUCAAUUAGUCACUAUAAGGCCUCUACGAAAUGGAGAAAGAAUUCGACGAACGCAAAGUUUCAUACCUACAACUAAAGAAAGACCGCUGGUAAUCGACGACAGUGUUUCGUUGCAGAAGAAUUGUUGAUUUGUAACGGUAAUUUGAAGAAAGAUUUGUGAUCAUUAACAAAAGUCUGAAAUUAGUUAUGCACUUGUACAUUUUUAGAUACUGUAACGUCAUUUUUAAAGAAUUUUUUUCAGGAUCAUAUAUCAGUGUAAUUCAAAGGGUAAAUUUCAUAUAAGCGAGUUCCUGUACGCUAUCUUGCCUUUUUAUUCUAAAAACAUAGUUGUAAUUGGUACUAUUUAUAAGUAAAUAGUUUUUUAAAAACUAAAUGUCAAAGAAUUGUUUUCUUUUCGAGGUGCAGUUUUAUUCGAUGUCUAUUUUAUUUAUUAUUGAAACGAUGAAUUAACGUUAAAUUAGUAUGUUUGUUUUUGAAAAAUUUAGCUAGUUGAAGAUAUGAAAUUGAAGCAGCAGUUAUAAACAAAAAAAUUUUGUGACAAAAAUGUCUUCCUUAAAAAUAUAAUUUCUAAAUAAUAUAAUUUACAUGUUUAUUCGGGUCAUAUACGUAAUGUAGGUAUAUUUACGUUAGUUGAUGUGUUUAUAAUCUCAUUUAAAACAAUUAUCUAUUUUAAUAGUCGGUAAGAAAUAUUUUAUUAACUUUUAUAAUACGUUGUGAGUGGUGUUUUCUUAUAGUUUAGAAGAACUUCAUCAAAGUCAUCUGUAAUCAAAAUGAAACAUACACAACUAAAGAAUGAAAAUUUCUUCAUUUUAUAACAAUUUUAUCAAUAAACGCUAUUAAUCGCCAAAUUGAUGUAGGAUUUUAUUUAAUUCCCUGUUACUUUGAAUUUUAAUUAACAGAUUUCUUGUAUCAAUGGUGCGUGGCUAAUGGGAUAGUCAUAGUGAUAUGUUUAUUGAUCAAACUUGU